AUGGCUCAAUCCGACCUUGACCAGUUGCUCGAUAUGGGCUUUGAGAAGGCCCGCGCUGAGCUUGCAGUGAAGAAAACUGGAAACCUGAACGGCGCCCUUGAGUGGCUUGAGAAGAACCAGGACAAGCCCCUCGAUGAGCUUACUGCUGCUGCCAAGGAUGAUGAAGAUGAUGAGAAUGAAGUUCAGGCCAACAUUGAGGCCCUUGAGACUGGUGUUGCCAAGUCACUCGUCUGCAAUGAGUGUGGCAAGCGCUUCAAGUCUCAGGACACUGCUUCCUACCAUGCCACCAAGACCGACCACACCGAUUUCUCCGAGUCGACAGAGGAGAUUGCUCCCUUGACCGAUGAGCAGAAGAAGGCCAAGCUUGAGGAGCUUCGUGCGCAGCUGAAGGAGAAGAAAGCGAAGCAGUCCGUUCAGGAUCAAGAGGACGCCAAGCGCAAUGAGAAAAUCCGUCAGAAAGCUACCAAGGAGAGCCACGAGAUGAAGGAGGAGCUGCAGCGCAAGGAGCAGAUCAAGGAGGCCGCAAAGAAGCGCCAGGAGAAGCUCGACGACGCCGAGGCGAAGCGCCGCAUCAAAGCCAAGAUUGAGGCGGACAAGGAAGAGCGUCGCCGCAAGGCCGAGGAGGCCAAGGCCGCGAGAGAAGGCAGAGCUCCCCAGCCCGGCCCCGUUGCGCCGCCUUCCGUCCCCAAGAUCACCGCGAACCACAACGAAGCUCGGCUGAGACUUCAGACCUCCGGAGGCAACGUCAUGAAGACCCUGCCCGCAGAGACCACCCUCUUCGAAGUUGCUCAGAUGCUGCAGUCGGAGAACGGUCUCGAGGUCACUGGCUUCACCACCACGUUCCCCAAGAAGACGUUCCAGGGUGCCACUGACUUUAGUAAGACUCUGAAGGAGGCAGGCUUGACCCCGAGUGCCGUCCUUAUCGUUCAAUAG